AUGGCAAGACAGGCGCCCUACAGCGUUGACAUCAGCCCUGAGCGAGCCAAGGAGCUUGCUGAGGUGGGAGGCGCACUUCUGCUCCUGGAUGUGCCUGCAGGCACAGUCGUGGGCAUCGAUCAGCAGACCUUCGUGGUGGGCCCCAGGUUCAAGGGAGUGAAGAUGCUGCCACCGGGGCCACACUUCAUCUCCUGCAACGCCACCAGCGGCAGCAGUGGCACGGAUUUUGCCCCGACACUGGGAUUCUUCGUGCACCUGGCCCCCCGUUCGGUGGUGGUGCGGCGGUGGGAUGCGCAAGAGGAGCUGCUGCUGCCUAUAGAGGACGCGGACGAGGUGGAGCGUUUGGCAGCGGGCGUCCGCCGCUUUGACUUUGAUGCGUACCUCGCGCCGUAUGACCUGUCAUCCUUCACCACCUGGCAGAGCCUGUCAGGCCACAUCACGCCAGGGGUCAUCGAGCGGCUCUCGCCGGUGGCAGGAGGGAACAUCUGCGUCACGGCGGAGGCGGACCCCUCCCUGCUGGCCCCCCGCACAGCCGCGGAGGCGCGCCUCUCAGAGCAGCUCGCCAGCAAGGCUGCCAUGCAGGAAGCUGCGGAGGCAGUUUCCAGUAAAGGGGAAGCUGCAGAUGCGCGAGAUGAGCAGGCCGGGGCCUCAGCCUCUGGGCGGCCGCCGGCCCCGCCGCCUGUUAAGGGCGUUGGGCGCUGCUUUUACACGCGGCUACCGCGCAACGCCAAGGGUACAGGGCUCACACCACAGGAGGUGACGCAGCUGAACCUGGACAAGAGCAGGCUCCUGGAUGAGGUCAUCGCUGAGCUGUACGGCGGCGAUGCUGACAUCAUGCUGGGCGAGCUUCAGUUUGCAUUCCUGGCGUUUCUGCUGGGCCACUCGCUGGAGUCCUUUGGGCAGUGGAAGGCGCUGCUGCACCUGGCGCUCGCAUGCGAGGAAGCGCCCCUGCAGACGUGCCCCGGCUUCUAUUCGAAACUACUCGCCGCCGUGCGCGCCCAGCUUCAGCACUGCCUGGCCUCCGGCAGGGGCCCGGAUGCUGCCCAGCCGAGCCCGUUGGGGCUGCCCAUGACGGAUGAAUUACUGGCUGACAGUUUCCUCAAGCGCCUCUUUGCUCGAUUCUAUGACAUGCUCCACUCCGCCGGCGGCCGUGUGCCCCCACAGCUGCAGGCAGAGGCCAGCAGACUGCAGCAGGUUCUGGAAGCUGGUCUGGGGUGGAGCUUUAGCGUUGGGGAGCUGGCAGGAGAGAGCGACGAUGAGGACGCGCCAGUGAUUGUGGAGUUGUAA